AUGGCCUGGAAUGGACGUUUAUCUCGUAUUAGCAUUGAAUCUGUUCUCCAUUUUAUGAACCCUAACCAAAGGAUUAAUGUAUCUGUCGACUCCCCAACAGUCAGAUACAUAGGUACAGGUGUGCCUCUCCGUUACGCGAAUGUAGAAAUAAAUCACUCUUCUUUGAAUGCCAAUGGAACUUCCUACAAGAUGGGUAUAGUGCGCAUAUACACCGAUUAUGAGGGCCCCGUGUACUUCCGAAAUGAACGAAAUGCGGGUGGAGCACCACACGACGUUGGACAACAUGCCAACCCAAAUUGUUAUCGUAACGGAAUUCGAAACCAGCACAGCGAGGCUCCAUCAAUCUAUCUUGGCGCAGAAAUCCAUGAGGCAGAACUGAAGUUGAAGGAAAUUGUGGAUUAUCUCAAUGAAUUCAAGAAGUACCCAGUUUUACGUUCAUCCGACCAAAAAGCGGUAGCGGCGAAGGAAGAAGAAGCUGCGAAGCUCCGAAAGAAAAUCAUAAAAUAUAAUGAGAAAAAAGCUAAUUCGGAGCUCAAAUACGAGGAGUUUAUAAUGUUCACUCAAACUGGCGAAAACGGAGAACAAGUGAGAACGGAAUAUGUUAAAUACGACAAAUCAAUCAAAGACGCUUGGCGUUAUUUUUUGGACCAUUAUGUGCUCGGCUUCAAACUGCGUGGACCUGUGAUCGAAAGGCUCAGCGUGUCCCAUCCGCAGCCGCAGCUCAUCUUCCAGGAAUCGCGAUUGAGCUCGCGUAACCUUGUUUUGAAUAGUACUGGCACUCAAACUCUCGACAAUGCAAUGAAUCUGCUCAAAGAAGAAUGCAUCCCUCUGAAUUCGGUUGAAAUAAGCGGCCCGGAUGACCUCAACCAUCACUUGUUGGCCACCGCAAGAACAUUGAUCAUUGCUGAUUCCAGAUCUGCGUCUUUUCCACGAACAUUCAGGAAUGAUGUGGUUUGUUUCAAACAAAUCAGAAGACCCAGUAGAGUGAUGAGUCGGUCUAUUGACUUCUGGAGACGGCAUGGCUUGCCACAACGAAAACAAUACAUUUUCGAAACAAUUAUCAGAAGUGAUGCUAAGCUUCUUCUGGGCACUUUCCGAGAGUAUCAUAGAAGAAGAUAUAAAGUUAAUUUCCAUAGGAACAACUUCCCUAUCCAAUUCCAAUACCAACUUCAAUCGGAUGUUCGCGUUAUGCGAAUUCAAGUGACCGUCGACCGUGUUGUCACUGAGAAUCCGGAUGUGUACAACUACGUGAUUGAUAUGAUUGCUGUUCCAGAAUAA